UUUGAGAGAGGGAGGCUUCUGUCUGAGUCGCUGUGGUGUGGCCACCUGGGCCAGAGAUCCUGGUGUCUUUUGGGAGGCCCCGCAAACUCCUGGACAGCCCAACCAGUGCCCCUGGCCAAAGAUCUGCCCUCACAGUAUUGUGAAUCCAGGAGGUACAGAUUCACCGCCUCACCUCCCACCCUGGGGGAACAGUGACUUCCUGAUCAAUGAGGUCAACACUGAUACACCUGGCGCAGCUGAGGACGGCGAGUACAUCGAGCUUUGGCACCCAUCGGGACGCCGGGUCUCCCUGCAGGGCAUCUGGAUACUACUGUUCAGUGCACACAACAACAGACCCUACAGGGAGAUCAGCCUCAGUGGACACUUCACCACGUCUAAGGGCUACUUUCUGCUGGGCAGUGACAGGUUGGUGCCAGCUCCAUCACUCCGCUUGCCCCCUAAUACCAUUCAGAACGGACCAGAUGCUGUGGCACUCUAUCGCAGCCCUUUUGGCCCACCAUCAGCCGCACAAAGGGGGAUCCCCACAAAAGGCCUGCUAGACGCAGUCGUGUAUCGGCAGAGAGGAUCAGAUAAGGAGGCGCAGGAGCUAAGUAAAGCUCUGACCCCAGGACAGCUACCUCUGCUGGAGGAUCCAGAGGUUCUGCCUGGUGAUGAGGCCCUCAGCCGCUGUAGAGGCCUUUACCCCUAUGACCUGUCUGCUUUUUCAGUGGCUCCACCCACCCCUCUGAGGGAGAACAGUUGCCCUCGCCCCCCUCCAGCCCCUGAGCAUGUAAUCAUCAGUGAGGUGGCUAGUGGCCAUUGGACCAAUCACAGCCAGCAGAGGGCCUUUGUGGAGCUGCACGGGACCCCCAUGACAGACCUGCGGGGCCUGGUGCUCACUGUGUUUGACCAGGAGUACAGUGGGACCGUCAUUGCCCUUCCUUUGACCGGAUCUACUGACCACGAUGGAUUUUACAUGGUUGGAAAUGUCACUGCAGCAGAUCAGAUUUUCCUGGAGGGCUCCACGGUGCCAGCACGAGGAGCAGUAGUCCUGUGCUAUGACCUGUUCAGCGUCUGUAGAGCUGGCACUGCUCUGACCAACUCCAGUCUUAGAGAUGUACUUGUGUUCAGUGAAAACCAGCAGCUGCUCUCCUCUUUGUCAGCCACCAGAGGGAGUCAAGUGAUUCCAGCUCUAGGGUCUGUGGAAGAUGGCCCUGUUUCGCUCAGUCGGUGUUCAUGCUGUGAGGCGAGGAGCCCCGCCUCCUGGAUUAGCUCCUCACCCACACCUCGCAGCACCAACGUCUGUCCAAGCUCUUCCUUCUCAAGUGACAUUGAUCUUUGCCUCAGUCCCCUGCCAAGUGACUGGCAGGAGAAGUUAGGAGACUGCAGUGGUCUAAUCCAGGGUAGGAGGGUGGCUGAGGUGGCAGACUACCUGGAGCAGAAGUGUCACUGUGGCAUCUCUGCCUUGUAUCUCCAAGGAGCUAACUUUUCCUGUGCGUCUGGGUGGCUACGAGUGUGGGGGAACAUGCACGCGCUGUCGGACCAUCAGAAGGCCCUCAUCAUCCAGACAUUACACAUGAAUCCUUCAUCGGCUCAGGGAGACGUCUGCUCUGCGCCAUCCACGGACCGUUAUACAAGCAAAGCGUCUGCCCUGGGGUUACAGAUAGGGCUGAUAGUAGCAGUGCUGCUGCUGCUGGGACUGGGAGCUGCUCUGUUCACAUAUUUCUACAGGAGGAGGCGUCCUCUGGACUAUUACACCAUGGAGCUGAGUGAACAUGCAGAGGGACUUUCAGAUCUAUAAUCAAGGCUUUGAAUCACUGUGUUUGCAUCUGGAAGUGCUCGUGUGCGUGGGAGGACUUCAGCAGAGAGAGCGAGAGACGGGGGGGGGGGAAUCGUAGGUUAAUUUGACCUGUACGUAACUGAUUUUGUGUGUGACAGGUAGAAUUUCAUGGCAUGGGUGACACUUAAGACAUCAAAUCAGGCAGCCCAUGAGUUGCAUUUAAAAACAUAAAGAUAGUAACAUAUUUUUGUAAAGAUCAGUGUAUAGCCAGUGCUGUUGCUACUUUUAAAGGAAAAGGAAGAUAAAAGGGAAGAUUUAUUUUAAAGUACUUGAUUCCUAAAUAGUCAUUUUUGUUGACUUGCUACUGUGGAAAAAGCCUUUUAAAUUUAAACAUGUGAUUUAUGCAGGAAGCUUCAUGACAUCCUCAGCUGGCACUACAGUGUUUUAACAACAGACUUUAUAACCAAGAUAAUAUUUGUUACUCUCACACUUCAAAAUGCUCUACGUCCUGCUUUAUUUUCCUGCUACAUGCUGUAAUAGUCAUUUUAGACUCUAGUCACUCAAAGGGCUUGAUUGUGUUUUAAAUGUGAACGUCUUUAGCUAACAUGUGAUGAAUGUCUGUAACCACUUUUGUAUGCUUACUUAAAGCAAACUGUUUACAUUUUCUUGAUUGAAAGUUAGAAAAGGGGACGUGAGCGACUGAUGUUGAAGUAAUCUCUUGAAUGAAUUUGUUUUUAGAAAUGAGAGUUUGCUUGGGAUUAAGAAAAUCAGAGCUAUGUCAUGUUUCACUUGUGUUUGUUUUGUUUGUUUUUUUGAGUGGCUCAGAAACCUCUACUGUGCCUUGUUCUUGUAUGUUAUUUGAUCACCUGAUUCCUCAUUUAUUAGAGGGAAUGUACAGCCAUGUCUGCUGCAGCCAUAAGUGUAAAUAUUAUGGAUAUGAUAGUAUUCUCAGGGGGGGUGGGGGGGCAGUUAUCGCCAAUCUGAAAUGAUAACUUAUUGUAGAAAUACAGAAACUAGAUGGGUUCAGAGCAAAAGUGAAAUAUUCAGAUAGGUUAAGUUAAUUUGAUUCCACUUUUUUAGUUUAUAGAUACAGUUAAUCUGGAAAUAAUCAUAGAAUUUCCAGCACAAAGUGCCAUGAAAUAAACGUAUAAGCUUGGAUAGGCUCCAUUUUAAUGUAGUUGAUUGACCCUUACUUUAUAAUGUCGCCUUAUUCAUCUACUGUGGUGCACAGAAUUAUAGCUUGUUUGCUUUAAUUAUCUUGUUGAGGAGAUUUCCCUCCUCUGUACCAUUUUCCUCAGUUUUAAUUUCUCAAUACUGACAUUAUACCCAUCUGUCAAGCAAAAUUAAGCCCAUAAAAUCUGAUUUGUUUUACAGCAUGUUCAACUAAUUAAAAAGAAAAAAAGAUAAACUGGAUGGAAAACCAACAAAAUCAUGUAAAUGAAAGCCUUUUUUAGCUUUCAAAGUGAUCAAAUUUGAUGUUUUCUCCUUGAAAUGAUGUUAUGUAAAGUUCAUAAAAUGUUUUUUUUAUUAUAAACAUCUAUAUUUUUAGGUUUUGUAUAAAAUGGUACAUGUAGGAAGUUUGCAGUUGCAGCUCUGUUUUACACCCCAAAUAAUAUAUUCACAUGCAAAUGUGUACUCUUGAAUAAAAUUUGAGAUAUGUUUGUCCUGAAGAAGCCACACAGUGCUGAAAAACAGCAUAACACAAUUUAAUGUAACACUUCUGUUCAGAGCACUUGUUUAACAUGAGAAUCACAUUCAUCACUAUAUGUAAAGUGUAUUUAUAUAUACAUAUAAAUGGCACACUGACUGCAAUUACAAGAAGUGGAAAAUUAUUAACAUGGCUGUUUUUCUAACCUCAGUUGCAUUUUCAUCGAUCAGGAACAGCAGCAUUCAAAUCUAACACAACUGUGAGAGAAGCUAGAAACCUACACGUUUUCACCGAGCACUUCAAGGCUGUGUACGUACAAUGAAUUGCCAUAGUCUACAGCAGUAGAUGCCACAACAUUAGAAAGAAAACAGUGUAUCAUUUGCAACCCCAGGUCAUAAUUUAAAAGCUUUCUUUCCAGUGUUUGCCUUUCAGCUUAUUUUCUGUUUUCCUUCCAAUGUCAUGCAGAUGUAGCAGGUUUGAAAUAAAAUAUUUCCAGAUGUGCA